GUCCUCCGUCCCGCCCCUCCCCCCGCUCCUGGGCUCCACUGCCCCCAAGCUGUAGGUAUGACUGCGCGCGGGACUCCGAGUCGCUUCCUGACCAGUGUCCUCCACAACGGACUGGGUCGCUACGUACAGCAGCUACAGCGUCUCAGCUUCAGCCUCAGCCGCGACGCGCAGUCGUCCCGCGGCGCCCGGGAGUUCGUGGAACGCGAGGUGACCGACUUCGCCAGACGGAACCCCGGGGUCGUCGUAUAUGUGAACUCGCGGCGGUGCUGCGUGCCCAGAGUAGUGGCAGAAUACCUUAACGGAGCUGUGCGAGAGGAAAGCAUCCACUGCAAAUCUGUCGAAGAGAUCACGAUUCUGGUGCAGAAGCUGGCAGACCAGUCGGGCUUGGACGUGAUUCGCAUCCGCAAGCCCUUCCACACCGACAAUCCUAGCAUCCAGGGCCAGUGGCACCCCUUCACCAACAAACCGACAACCUUCCUGGGACUGCGACCCCGGGAGCUCCAGGAUCCUGUCCCAGCCCAGGUGCAAACACAGUGAAGAGUUGCCCCACCAACUCCAACCCUAGACUUGAGACUGUUGCCCCAAUAAAAGUGGUUCUUCCUCUUUCUUCCA